GGUGGGGGCGGGGGUCGUAGAAGCGAUUGGCUAGGCUCUUGGUGUCUGUUGUUGGAGAAUUAAAAACCGGGGUACACGCGAGCACCUGCCACUCUGGGGAGCCAUUAAUACAGUCCCCGCAGUUUUGGCGAUCCUGCUCAUGAACCUCACAAUCACUGGCGUUCAUCUGCAGGCUUUUUGCGGUUGCCUCAGCCCAUCGUGACAUGCACAAGUUCAACUGUCUCCCAGCUCCCUGUGGUUGCUUAAUGCAAGGCUGAGUUCACGUCUUGCGACACUUCCUGCCCUGCCACCUCUUUCGGUUGGCGAGGAAGCCGAGACGAGCGUGACAGUCAGCGGGGAGAGGCUUUUCACUGUAUCGCUGAGGCGGUUGUAGUAUUGUCUGCGCAUCAUUUUGAGGGCGGGGGCGAUAUAUCUAGGCCUUUUUCAAGUCUCGGCUUACUGCUGCAUUGAAGAAGGGCGUGAGAAGAUUAAGAGUGAGUGGGUGAUCGGAAGUUUUCUCUGAGCUAGCGAGUUUGCCAGUUUGAAGUAGAACCCGAAAACAUACGAGCGUUUAAUUUGGCGCAUUCGCCAUAAAUAGUAUGCAUUGGCGCUCGGGAAGUGUCCCCGCGGCAUUUUUCGCGCACUGCAGGUUGUGUACUUUAGUGAGUCGGCGGAGCGUACGCUGAAGCGUUUGCAGAUCUGCGAGGUAUCGAUUCGAAACAUCAGGGAAGUUUGUAUAUAUUUUCAUUGCGAGGCGGUUCGUCGGCAUGGAAGCAGCCACGGCCGUAAGGGUUGGUUCCGCCGCAGCUGCGUCUACUUCACACCCCUGCGUCUCCAAAUGGUCGGGUCUCCAUCGAGUUUGCACCGCUCGGCGGACUUGCCGAAGGGAUGGAUUGAGUUGGCGAAGGGACUCCAACUCCCUUAGGAUUUUCGCAAAUGCAGUGGCGCGGGAGUUCACAAAAGUAAACGAGACUCGGUUGAAUGGCGCGGCGAAAGUUGAAGGCAAGAAAAUACCAGGAGGAACGCUUGAGGAGUUCGCCAAUGGCCUCAAUGUGGGUAGUCGCAUGACUCACCCUGUUCACCACGAGAAGAAUACUGCUACGUUGAGUACGUGGAUUGCUGCCCUUGCAACUGCUGUCCUUGCAGUUGAGAAACAGAGAAGGAUUUCAGAUGCUGCCAUGGCUCACAAGCUUGUGGCGCUGGAUACCUUGCGUCGAGGAAAACUGGUAGAGAACGACCUCGUGUACCGGCAGACGUUUGUGAUACGAUCUUACGAGGCUGGGUUUGACAAGAUUGCUUCAAUCGAAACAAUCGCUAAUCUGUUUCAGGAAACGGCCUUGAACCACGUGGGUUUGUCGAAGUUUGUCGGAGAUGGCAUGGGCACUACGCACGCCAUGAUGCGCCAUCGCUUGAUCUGGGUCGUAACACGCAUGCACGUUGAAGUUGACCGCUACCCUGUCUGGGGGGAUGUUGUGGAAAUAGACUCAUGGGUAGCAGCAGAGGGCAAAAAUGGCAUGAGACGCGAUUUCAUUGUCCGGGAUUACACUUCUGGCGAGGUCAUUGCAAGGGCUACCAGCACAUGGGUGAUGAUGAAUCAAGACACCAGGCGGCUGUCCAAGAUGCCUCAAGAAGUGCUAGCAGAAAUUUCUCCAUACUUUUUGGACAAGCAAUGUAUAAAGAAUAACAACUGCAAUAAGAUAAAAAAACUGAAUGACGACGCGCCUUACAUAAGAUCCGACCUUGUGCCUCGUUUGAGGGACAUGGAUAUGAACCAGCACGUGAACAACGUCAAGUACAUAAGCUGGGUAAUUGAGAGCAUACCCCAAUCACUACUUGUUGCCCAUGAGCUUGCGAGCAUGAUCCUAGAGUACAGGCGUGAGUGUACCCCAUCAGAUGUGGUCCAAUCCUUGUCAUGCCCUGAUACUCACCUCUCUUCUGGUUCCUUUAAGAACGAAAGCCCGUUAGCACACGGUGGUUUGGACGGCUCUCCAGACGCCGUUUCGUGCUCCUCCGGCGCUCUGAAAAAUGCCACAAUUAGUUCCAGCACAACGGGUCCUGUCGAAUAUACACACUUGCUGAGAAUGCAAUCAUCUGGAGCCGAUAUUGUUCAUGGGAAGACGAAGUGGAGAGUGAAAGACAGAUAUGUUGCAGCUGCUCACUAAUUGAGAGCAUUGACUGCUCAUCAUUUGGCUGAAGACAAUCACAUGAAGAGCUUCGUCUCUCUGCUGGUUUAAGCAGCUUCGGCUUGGAACGGGUGUCACUAAGUGUUCGUCACGUUACUUGACUAUUUUUACGAUACGGCCCCGCAAGUUACUCUUUCAUAGCUCAGAUGGAGCGUUGCUUCUUCUCCAAAGAUGUGAUCAAUGUUAGUCUCUUUGUUGGAUAGACUAUGGCUUAAACUUUUCAGGCUAGGUAAUAUUCUUGGAUUUGAGUCAAUCCUCCUGGGCAUUCGAUGUAGACGUCGAUUUUGGGGAAAAUUGGCAGCAAUCUUUGAUUGCAUUCGAAACAUUUUUUUUAUAACAUUGGAAGUUCAUGCCCCACCUUCUAAUGUAGGUGGGGCAUGAACUACCACAGCAAUUUGGGAUUUUUCGAGGAAGCCGACGUGCAUUGAUGCAGCUUCCAGUCUUUAGAUGAAGACUGAACAAUCGUCAGUGUUGCUGACGACUGAGAAUAAAUCUGCAUCACACUGUUGUCCUUUGAAGUUAUUAUGUAGAACGUCAUGAUGAAUUAGGUCAAGAAAUAGGUCCAUUGACUCUCCUCUUCUGGGCAGAGUAGAGAACAAGCACGAUUUAGAGCUUGACCUCAACGUUUCUUGUUUUGAUACCAGCUCUGUUAAAGACCUGCAAAACACGUGUGAGCCUUCAUGCAACCGAAGAAGGUGGAUACGCAAUUAGCCAGUAGAGUAGCUGUGUGUUCUUUGAAAAAUUCCAUAUCAACCAAGAAACGUCUCCAUUUCUAGCUCAAAUGUAAACAAUUUCGCGCUUCGCAAAUUUAAUCAGAUCCUCUGUCCUGAAA